AUGGCGAUCAUCGAAUUAGCACACAUCAGCCUGAAGAAUGGACUCACCGCAUCAGACGCGCUACUGAAGAAGAACACGAAAGAAGUGAAAAGAGUGAUCGAAGAAUACAGCCACCUGCCAACGCUGUUCUACACGCAGAUCGAUGAGCCAUCCACCAUGUUUGUGGUCGGAGCGUGGGAAAGCACGGACAAACACCAGAACGGAUUCAACGGAUCGCUUCAGCAAGACCAAAUCCUCCAGUUGAUCAAGGAUCAGAUGGAAAUUGACUGGAUGUACUAUAUGGACGUGGACCAGUCCCGCAUUCCCGUAGAUGCGCCGAUACUGUCCAUCAUCAAAGAGACACUGCCCAAGAAUACCAACAAGGCCGCCUUCGACCAGGAUUUCGCACGAGGCACACAGAGUCUAGGGGGGGCGAGAUAUGGAGCGGUGUCGGCGUGGAACAUACGAAAGGACAAGCACGAAGAGACGGUCCGAGUUAACUUUUCGGGCUGGCAGUCACUGGAAGAGGCGAUGGAGGCGAUAGGAAAUACUAUUGAGAAUGCGAAGAAGUUCAGGGUCACUCCGAUGGACUUGAACUUUUUCUUCUUGGAGAGAAUGCAGCUGGAGUAG